UAUGACGUAGCCGAUUGCGUGACCGGAAAAACGAUGUACUGUAAACAUCGAACGGAAAUGGCGUCAAGUCGCUGUCACUUUUAUGCCUCCUAAAAUUAUUUGCCGCCGUGUUUUCGUUGAGUUCAUCCACCGGCUAAGCUGAGGGCCCAGCAAGCCUGACGUGGGGCUCGCUGCUGUGUCGCUAGCUGACGACAAGAUGGACGAACAUAAGAUGGUGGCGGGUAAAGUGAAGAAACCUGGAAAACGUGGCCGGAAGCCCGCCAAGAUUGACCUAAAAGCCAAACUGGAGCGAAGUCGCCAGAGCGCCAGAGAGUGUCGGGCCCGGAAGAAGCUCCGCUACCAGUACCUCGAAGAACUGGUGUCCAGCAAGGAGAGAGCCAUCUGCGCCCUGCGAGAAGAGCUGGACAUGUACAAGCAGUGGUGCUCCGCCAUGGACCAAGGAAAGAUCCCAUCCGAGAUCAAAGCCCUGCUGACAGGCGACGACCAGAAGAGUCCACAAGGGGGCAGCAGCACCAAGACGUCCAAAAGCAACAAGAACAACAACAACGUUCAAGGCUGAGAGACUCGACACAAAAUGUCUGAUCUACUUUUAGCAAAGACACUUUUAAAGCAUCGCCUGACCAGCUUGGCGUGUUUUACAUGGCUCGCCUUUCCAAAGUGACGCAUUAUUAUUAUUUCUUUAUGUCUUUAUUCAUAUUAUACUGAUGAAAGUCAAUGCUUGAUAAAAAAACAAACAUGUGGAAGUCAA